CGAGGUCCCCCAGCCGACCAGCGGCAGAGCCGGGACUAGAACCCAGCUCUUUCCUCUGGGCCGGGCCGCCUCCCUAAUGGGAGCGUAUUUUUGACUUGUUUUGUAAAGUGUAGAAAUGGCACCUGGGAGGCGGAGUUGUGUGUUUUUGCUGUUCCGCCAGGCGAUGUGAGCGUCUGCGAGCAUGGACACCGUGGCGAGCCACAGCUGUCACCUCCUGCAGCAGCUGCACGAGCAGCGGAUCCAAGGCCUUCUCUGCGACUGCAUGCUGGUGGUCAAGGGCGUCUGCUUUAAAGCCCACAAAAACGUCCUCGCUGCCUUCAGCCACUACUUCAGGACCCUAUUUCAGAAUUCUCCCGGCCAGAAGAAUGAUGUCUUUCACUUGGAUAUUAAAAACGUAGGCGGCAUAGGGCAGAUCCUGGACUUCAUGUACACGUCCCACCUCGACCUGACCCAGGACAACGUCCAGGCCGUGCUGGAGAUAGCGCAGUGCCUCCAGGUGCAGAACGUCCUGACUCUGUGUCACACGUUCGUCCGACCGGCCCCCUCGGAGCCGCCGCCCAGCGCGCCCCGCGGCGGCGCCUUCUGCCUCCCCGGCCCCCCGCCCGCGGAGGACGGUCGCGUGGCGAGCGACGGCCACGGCCCUCGCCCGCCGCGGGACUGUCCCGCCGCCGCCCGGGCGGCCGGAGGGCCGGGAGACCGGCCUCCCCCGGGCCCGGGGUCCGGCCAGCCGCCCCGCGGCUCGGCUCGGGCUCUGAAAGAGGCCCCCGAGGGCGGGGACGGCGGGGGUCCCGACCGGCUCUUCAGGCAGCCCAGCUACCACCACAAGCUGCGGAACUUUUACAGUAAGCAGUCGUACAAACACGCCGCCCGGCCCGACGCCCAGAGAGCCCCCCGACAGCCCUCGGCUCUGGGCGAUACCUCCUCCUCCCCGGAGCUGCCUCCGGGGGAGACGCCCCCCGGCCCCGUCGCUCACCCGGCCUCCGCGCCGGCACCUCCCGACCCCCCGCCCUCCGCCCUCCCGGCCCAGGGCCCCAGCGAGCCGGCGCCGCAGCCUUCCAGGCAGAUGAGGCUGAAGAAGGCCGUCCACCUCAAGAAGCUGAAUUUCCUGCGGGCCCAGAAGUCGGCCGAACCCCAGCCGGAAGCGGGGGACGGGGCCGCCGGAGCCGGGGGGCCGCCGGCCGCCGGCCGGGACGCCGCGGAGAAGGCCGGGACCCGCGGCCCCGAAGAGGGAGGGGGCGAAGACCCCCUGCGUCCCGGGGGCUCCGACCGGGCUUCGGCCGAAGUCGCGGGGGACGGCGAGGACGCCGCCCUUCCCGGCGAGAGGGCCUCGGCCCUCGCCGCUCAGAGACAGUACACCUGUCCGUUGUGCGGGAAACCUUUCAAGCACCCGAGCAAUUUGGAGCUGCACAAACGGUCUCACACAGGUGAGAAACCUUUUGAAUGUAACAUUUGUGGCAAACAUUUCUCCCAGGCGGGAAACCUACAGACUCACUUACGGCGACAUUCCGGCGAGAAGCCUUACAUCUGUGAAAUCUGCGGCAAGAGGUUCGCAGCCUCUGGCGACGUGCAGCGGCAUAUUAUCAUUCACUCGGGUGAAAAACCGCACUUGUGUGACACCUGCGGGCGAGGGUUUAGCAACUUCAGUAAUUUAAAGGAGCACAAGAAGACCCACACAGCCGACAAAGUCUUUACCUGCGACGAAUGUGGGAAGUCUUUUAACAUGCAACGCAAAUUAGUAAAGCACAGAAUCAGGCACACUGGCGAAAGGCCUUACAGCUGUUCUGCCUGCGGGAAGCGGUUCGGGGGCUCCGGGGACCUGCGGCGGCACGUGCGCACUCACACCGGAGAGAAGCCCUACACCUGCGACAUCUGCAACAAGUGCUUCACGCGCUCCGCCGUGCUCCGGCGCCACAGCAAGAUGCACUGCCAGCCCGAGGGACCCGAGGGACCCCAAGGCUCGGCCCACCCCGCCCGGCCCUCCCCCCCGGGCGAGCCCCGUCCCCCGGACGCCCUCCGCCGGGCCGGACCGGGGCCCGCCGAGCUUCCCGCCCGUCCCGGGGGGGCCUCGCCCGGCGGUCCCGCGCCCGCCUACGGCAAGCUGAGGGGCGCGCUCCAGCAGCGGGGGACCACCGCCCCGGAGAAGCCGAGCUCGCAGCCCGGCCCGGCCUCCGAGCCCACUCCGCCGCCGCCGCCUCACCCGCCUUACCCGUAUCCGCGGGGAGAGGCGGUCGCGGGCGGCGAGCCUCCGCAGCCGGACGGCCUGUCCGCGGGCCGUUCCUCUCUACCCGCCCUGGACGGACACUGGCCCGACCCGUUGAGCGGGAGGGCCUCCUCUGCACCCUACAGGGCCAGCGAGGGGCCCUUCUUCUCCAGCAUGACCCUCUGGGGUUUGGCCAUGAAGACCCUGCAGAACGAGAGCGAGUUGGACCAGUGAGUCCUCGUGUCUCGGUUCCCCCGAAUCCCCGAUGGCCGGUCAAGCGUCGCACCCCGCCAACCUCAGGGUACCAUCUUCCGUUCCGGGGAAGCCCCGCGGUCGGCCGUCCAACCAAGCGGAGGUGGAUCGGAGGAGGAAGAGGAGGAGGAGGAGACGGCGGAGGCCCAGCCGACGCCCGGGGGGCCGGUGUCCACGACCGAAAGCCUGAGAAAUCUUCGGGUUUACGGGAGCCUUCGAGCCUCCCGUAGACGCCGUUGACUUGCGGUGCGAUUUCUUUGGGUUAUGGUUCCAGAAAUUCUAUUUUUUACAUUUUUAUAAGGACGACAUUUUUAGGGUUUGGUAUGAAGUAUUUUGCACAAAGGCUUUAUUUGUAUAUUUUGUCCCGUAUAUUGUAAUUUAAUUUGAAUUAAAGAAAAAUUGCCUUUAGAA